AUGGAUACACCAGGCGCUUCGGCCUUCGGGCCUCCGCGAGGCCCCGCCCCCCAGCAAACCCUUGCGGGCCUGGGUCUCGAUCCGCGGCUCAGUUGCGGCCUUGCCGCGGAGGCCGGACGCGCCGCCGCGCCGCCCCAGUCUCUGCCGCCGGGGGGGCGCGUGCGGCAGCCGGGGAUGGGGGGCGAGCGUGGCUCAUUCCACGAGCUGCAGGCGGCGGCUUUCCCGGCGCCUUCCCCGCACUCUGGCGGCGUCCCUCUCGGCGCAAAUGAGGCCCUGAGUCAGCUCUCCGCGCAGCUUCUCGCAGCGCAGAGCGUGCAGCGGCGCCCCGAAAACGCGGCGCCAGUCAAUCCGGCUCUGUCACCCCUGCUGCUCCAGCAGCUGCAAGUCGCCGCCACGUUGGAUCCCUCGUCCCUCGCAUCGCUGGCACGGCCUGUCCUGGAGGCGCGGGAGCGCGUGGCGGGCGAUGCUGAGCACGCGACCGCCAGCGGGGCCCUGAUCGGUGCCGCGGGGAGCGCGUCGCUGUCUCUGCAGCAGCGAGUGCUUCAGCAGAGAGAGCGGGCUGCGGCGUUCGCGGCGAUGAACGAGGCCCUGGCGGCCUCGUCGCUGGCAGGCGCGGCUGGAUCCCGAGAAGAGACUCCUGCCCUCUCCCACGCCGCUUUUUCCGUCGGGCAUGCGUCGCCGACGGGCCCGCCCCUGGGCCUCGCCCCUGGCGAGGGGCUGGCCUUCCGGCAGGCAGGAGACGACAAGCUAGGGGAAGGAGAUUGGAGUCACUUCGGCCGAAAAGACGGCGCAGAAGGCGCCUUUCGGGGGACGGGAGUCGGCGGCGGUCCUGCGCUCCAGGCGAGUUCACGAGGGCGGCUGACUGGGGAGGAUGCGCGAGACGUCCUCUUGCGGCUGUCUCAACAGGCGAACCUGCCGUUGAAUCCUCAGGCGCUUCUACCAGUGCAGCGCCAGCAGCAGCUCGCGUCUUCCGCUCUCUAUCCUGUGAACGCUUUGUCGCCCUCACAUGCUUCUGGCUUGUCGUCUCUGGCGCACCCGUCGCUGGGGCACCCCCUAGGGGGCAGUUUAGGGCAGGCACAGGACUCGAAGGCCCUUCCGCUGCCGUCUUCCGCGGCCUUGCGGCGCUCCGCUUCCUCGUUUCCCUCGUCGGCUCUGCCUCUGCGAGCGGCUGCUGCUUCGCAUGCGUCCGGCGAGCCGUCUGUGGCCUCCCCUGCGCUCGCCUUGGCCUCUCAGAGUGAGAGAGACAGGAUUUUGCUUCUCGGGCAGCAGCAGCUUCUGACAGCGAGGCACGAGAGCCGCGGAGACCUCCCGCACGGCGAAACGCACGGUCUCACGGCCGCCGGCGAACUCGAUCUCGAGAGAGAGGAAGGCAGGCGCGCGCAGUCGUCGCGGGCGAACGCCAAGCCAGGGAGGAAACGCGGCGAAGGGGAUGCCCCAAGAAGCAGAGGGCGACCUCUGAAGAGCCGGAGUCUUGUUAACCUGUCGGGAGGAGACCCUGGCGAUGCCGGCGCAGCUUCGCUGUUGCCCCAGGCCAUACAGGUCGACUCGCGCCUGCAUGCGGCGGUCGGCGGCUACGAGGCAGGUGCGCCGGAGCUGGCGCAGCACGACGAGGGAGCACACAGGAAGCGCGCCGCCGUGGCUCACGGCGCGCGAGGCUCUCUCACGACGGCUGGCGCUGCAAGGGCGAAUAGCGACGGACGCGACGGAGACGCGCCCGUUGCAUGCGCCUCCGCUGGAGGACGUGCUUCUCUGAGUGCGGCGGACGCUGCGCCUGUGGCCUCUCGCGCCGCGCUUACAACCGACCCUUCCUCUGGUCCUUUGCCUGUGGGGGCGCGGCGAAGCGUUGCGCCCUCCUCUCCGGCAGGCACCGGCGCGAAGCUGCGCGGAGACAGUCCCCCCGCGCUCUCGGCGGGCGAGGCAGGCCGGAAAAGGAGGGCGGGGAGGCUUUCCGAGCCUUUGGGGCUGCGCCACGAGACCCUCCACGACGCGGCUGGCGGCCCCGGGGGCGCUGGGGGAAGAGGCGGCGAAGGGGGAGAGCGGCAGCUGGGCUCCAGAAGGGGGUCGGUUGACUCCACCGUGAGCCCCGAAGAGUGGCGUUCGCUCAUCCCUGCCGACAUCUACGACGGCGCCUUCUCGCUGACACACUCCAGCACUCCGCCGCCGUCAACGCCUCAGCAGCUUCCGUCGCCGCCACCGGAGCUCGCGGAUGGCGGAUUCAGUGCGUCAGCCUCUACGCAUCAACUUCCACUCAGUCCCCUCAGCGGUGCUCCCUCGUCGUGCGUGCCUGGCGCUUCGCCCGCGGAGCCACGCGCUUCGGCGCCGUCCCGCUCGGCGGUCUCGCCGGCCGACGAGGCGGCAGCUCUCCGCGCAGUUCUCGCGGCCCUAGGGGGAGACGAAGACCAACCGGCAGGGGCCGCUCGCUCGGGUGCGUCGCCCUUUGGAGCGUCCCCGGGCUGUCUGGGGGCCUCGCGCACGCUCUCGACGUUCUUUGAGCACCUCCUCGCAGUCGACGUCACGGCCGCUGCGUCGUCGUUUGUGCGGCGCAACAGCGGCUCCUCGAAGCCCAACACGGGCCUGCCGCCCGUCAAUGCGACCCAGCGGCUCCACGCGCUCCAGAGACUCUGUGCCUCCCUGACCGCGGCGCUGCACGUUCACCAGGCGCUGCGACUCGAGGCCGGCAUGCGCGUCGGCGGGACCUUCAGCGCUGAAGAGCUCGAGCAGAGUGUCUCCUCGCCCCCCGCAGCCGGGCCCUACGGCCUGGAGUGGGACCGCGAGGGGGGCGGCGACGGGAGAGGGCCGGAGGCGCGCCCGGCAGACAAGGCCCCUAGGGAGGGCUGCGGGGUGUGGCGAGGAGGCGUGGGGCCCCAGAAUCUGCCGAUUUUCUUGAGGGUGCGGCAGGAGCAGUACCUUCAGCAAAGGCGAGACUGGAGCGCGGCGUUUCCGGACCCCUACGACGACGACGAGGAAGGGGGGACUGCGCUCUUGUCCGCGGCGCUGGAGAGAGGCGACGACUUGCGAGUCUCAGGCGAACGGGGACAGGGCGAAGAGGGAGGAGGCAACAGGAGGCUCGUGGGACAGAAAGUAUCCAAGAACGUGCUGGAGUCUCUUCUCGCGUCCUCGCCGACAGCGGUGCUAGACUGUCCGCAUCGAAGUCCAGCAGGAAACGAUUCGACACAAGGCGACGCAGCGACAGCUCAUGCGCGAGGAGCAGAUGCAAGUCAGCGCGCAGGGGGCUUGAGCCGCGGCGGAAAGGGACGAGACGCAUCUGCCCUCGCGAAAGCAGACAGAGACAUAAAGGCACGCGCGCUCCCACUUUUUUUGCAAGCGAACGCGACACAGCCGGAAAAGCCAACGCGUGGUGCGGGAAUGGACGACGUGAAGACAGAGAGAGCGGACGGGGAAUACCAGAAAGAAGGCGAAAAGCGGGCAGCCCAGAAAGAUGGCGCGAAGCUAGAAAGCCAAAGAGAUGGCAAAGAGCACGGCCUUGCUCUCGGGUUCGGAGGGGGCGAGGGGGGACAGCGAGAAGAGCACAGAGAAACCGCUGAGGAGAGUGAAUCUCCUUUUGUGCCUAACAGCCGCACACAGGCGGGAGCGUCCGUUGCUCCAGCCCUAUGUCCGGCGGCGGAUGUGCAAGCCCUAGAGGCCGACGUGGUCGAGGCCAAGGAACAGAGACAGCUCGGGGAGGAGCGAGAGGGCGAGCGGCAGCUAAAGAGAAAGAAGAGGCACGAGAAGGGUGAGAAGAAGAAAAAGAAGAGGAUUCUGUCGGCUGAGUUUGCGGAGCUGGUCGAGGAGGGAAUAGAGAAAAAGAAGAAAGGCCGGGGGAAGCGGGUCAACGCACAUAGUGAGUGCUCAGAUUCCGACUCUGAGUUUUCUCCUGAAGAAGAGAGCGAGGACGAUCGAGACUGCAAGCGAAAGCGACAACGCUGCAAGAAAGGAGACGACGACGAUCUCUUCGUUCCUCCUUUGUCUCGUCACGUCGCAGCACCUCCGCCGGAUUCCUCGGCAGACCCCCCGGCUCCAUUGCCCUCUGGAGCGCCCAAGGGGGAGGUCGACUGUGAGGAGAGGCGGAAGAAGGCCUCGAGGGAUUCCUCCAUGGUAACCGCUGUGCUUCGCAAGAGGGAGAAGAAAGCCUCUUCUUCGGCGUCUUUAUCUUCGGCGCCCGCACCGGGGUCUGCGGGAGGGAGUGCAUCGCGCCGGGGUGAUGAGGCGGCAUCAGCUACCAGGAAUAUUUCCACGUUUCUCAACUCCAGUCGAUUCCGCAUUCCCAGAAAGAAGACCGGCCUUCUGGACAGUCUGCUGGAAGAGGCAGCGAAAGAAGAGAAGACUUCUCUCUCUCACGACAGCGGUACCCCGGCGGGCUCUCGCGGGGCGGAGCAAGGCCCCGACGGGACUUCGGCAGGAGGCAAGAGGGACAGCCGGCAGAGCCUCGAGGAGAUCGAUCCCUGGUCUCCUAGUCCACCUUCGCCUCCGCAUCAGAAGCCCGCGAAUGCCCCCAAGAGCGAGCCCACGGCGCAUGCGGAACUCCUGGCUGCGCCAGCUUCUUCGGUCUCUGUUUCCUAUCCGCGGCCGCUCCACCAUCCGCCUCCUCCCCCGCCCCCGCCAGCCUUUCUGCCGCAUGCACACGCGUUCGGCGCUUCGCGCUACGGCCGAGGCCCGCCGCUCUCCACGCCGGUGGGGCCUGGGGCGCAGUGGGGUGAUAGAGCCCAACGGGCCGGCGCUCGGGCUGGGGACGGCGGGGGCCCCUCUGGAGACGCGAGUAGCGGCGGGGGGAUGCUUGCAGGGCCGAACCGAACGCUGCGCAGAGAGCGCGGAAAUCGCGGCGGGACGGGCCCCUGCCAGCAGCGAACGACUCACGGGAGUGCCUCGUUCUGGUCAGCGAAUGGAAGUUCUCACGCCGUCGAGGGAGUCAGAGGCUUGGAGCACAGCAGAGGGCCUCCGAAUCCUCUUCAGCGCGGCCCGCACUUGGGCGACUCCGGCGGCGCCAAGCCACCUGCGCCGCCGCCUCCGCCUCCGCCUUCGUCUGAUUCGCAGUUCCUGUCGCGGCCGCCGCCUCACAGCCUGCAGCAUGCCGCGGGGCCGCCGUCUUCAGCGUUCGCUGAGGGAGGAGGAGGGAUCUCCUCGUACUUUCCUUCGCGAGGAAGCUUUUCGCAGUACAGCGAGCCCAGCGCGAGGCCGCUGGGCGGCGGCGACAGAGAGCGGGGGAAGCUGCAUCUCCAGGGGAGACGCGAAGACUCUUUUGAGGCUCGAGUUCAUCACCACGUGGGGUAUCAGGGCCGCAGCGUCUCUGCAUCACGAGUCGGCGCGGAAGGGCCCGAGACGGACGAAGAGGAAGAGGGACAAGUCUCCGAUGAUGACUGGGGCGCGGGCGACAGCCAGGCCCGAAGAGAAACGACCGCCGCGGGGGGAGAAGGGCCUCCCCCCAAGCAGCGAGCGAGUGGACGAGGGGGCGGGCAUUUAGGCUACAGGGGCGUCCGCGCGGCGCCGCAGAGGGAAAGCGACGAGAAAGAAGAGGGAGAAGAAGAAGCGGACGAAGCCUGA